UGGAACGGUAGCAAACAGCGAAAUUGAACAGACAAUGGCGUCCUUUGUGCCUCAAAACAGGUACCGCGAGUACAAGCAGGAUACGCAGCGGCUCUUGUUCUGGAUAAUCCAUGCUUCCAACACAAUCCUCCAGUCGUCAGCAGCCGCAGAAUCAGGCACCAUCGAGCCUCAGAACCACCAAAAUGUGACGGGCCAGGUUACCGUGAAAGAGCUUUUAUCCAUGGCCAAGACGAUUUCCAAACAUGCCGUUCGCGUCCCAGGUGCCAUUUAUCGCAAGCUGCAGUCAGUAACAAGCGCGAGGACGGCCAUGUACCAGGCCUUUCAGCAGCUCGCUGCCUUGAGCCCGAAGCCCGACCCGGAGAUGGAACAGAGCAAUGUGACUCACAAAUAUUUCAUUGAUGCCCUAAACGAGAUAUUUGACAUCUUUGGCGGGCCUGCUUGGCUGCAGGAGCAGCAGCGUGGUAGCAAAGAAGCCGAACUCGACGCCGAGCUUGACGCUGAGGUCGAAAAGGCCAACUUCUCCAACAAGUUUGCCGCACUAAGUCUUGGACUCUCUGCGCAGGGCGAGCCCAGCACAGUUGCAGUAGAGUCUAGCGGCGACGAGGAGUCUGACGAGGAACCGAAGUCGGCUGCUCCUGGACAACAGCGCCGUCAAGCUCGGCCGGGCAGAGGCAAGAAGAAGAAGGGUGGAAAGCGAGCCAAGAAGGGCAAACAGACGGCGAAGCCCGCACCUCAGACGUUGGAUCAGGUCCCGCUUGAAAGCUACCGUAUUAUCGAAGCCGCGGACGGCAUUGUUACUGACUACCUCCUGGCGGUUUAUUCUCUCUUCGAGGAGACUCUCGACCUACGGUCGUACAUGAGCGGCGUGUGGCGAGAGGUUGCGUACGAGGGCCUCAACAGCGCCGUGGCCGGUACGCUUGCCCACCUAGCCACGGCCAUGGUUAAGCGAACCGAGGCGGCCAUCAUGAUAGAAUUUCCCGGCCACGAGUCAUACGAGACUGUCAUGCAAACCAUGACGCGUGGCAACAUAGAGAAGGCGCAGGGCAACUUCACAAUGACACUCCACAGAAUCUCUGGCGCGGAUUGGACAACAGAGAUGGUGGAAGAGGCCAAAAUGGAUGUUAAGGAACAGUUCCUCAUCUACGCAUAUCAGGAUCUUGUAGAUUUCGUGACCGACUUCCAGGCUACUCGCAGCGGUAAGCCGACCAAGCGUAUGCUCGCGGAGAUCGACAAGUGGAACCCAACCUUGGACUUACAGCGCGCAACCAAGGAGCAGAGACACCGCUGGCGUCGAUCUUAUACCAUCAACUGGCUCUACGACCUAGUCAAUGUCUACUCCAGCAUUGUAGUUCAACGCAAUACCAUGAAAGGGGAGCACCAUGUGUACGAAAAGGUUGACUGGGCCGCCAACGGCAAGUGGAGCGAGCACGUACGCCUCUUUGGCAUUAAUGAGUUUGCCGGCAUUGUAACCUCCCUUGCGAUGCAAAAGCCUGGCACAGAUAUCAAGAAGCGCAUCAACCCAAGCUUGGUAUUCCAACUGCAGUGUAUAGUCGACUCUUUAACGCCACCGAUGAGCGGGUUCCGGCCGAGGCGAGACGUCGACCUGUUCCUAGAUCGUGAAAACGAGAGAUUUGGCAAGGGCUUCCCACAGGGUUCCCACGUGCUGAAACAGCUUCUGGAGCGCGACAGCAUGCUACACGGCGACCCCAACCGACACCAGUCACAGAUCAGCGUACUCGAAUGUCUGAUGUGGGAUUUCCGAGACUGGCUAGGCGAGUCCAAGUACAUGUAUGGACUGAAAACUCUGCCACCCUCUCGCUUUUCCAACAGUAACUCCAAUGGCCUCUGGGAAUACUCGCCUUUCCUCUGCGGUACAGGGCUAGCCGAAAGUCUGGAGAUUGUAUACCGUUUCGGUCUGGUGCUCUGGGACAAGGUGCCCGAGCCAAUGCUUCUAGUUCACUUACACAACAUGCUGGUACAGAAGAAAUAUCUCGAGAGGCCUAUUGGACUUUUUGCUGCUUUGGGGGAAACCUUUUCAGAGGCCUUUUUCGCCGACGGCCGACCCCCUACCUCAAAUUUCCAACAGGCCCUCACCAGCCAGAUUAACAAGACAGGCACUCAUCUCGCACAGCGCCAACGAGCCAUGCUCAAAGGGACAUCGAACAAGAUGCACAGCAUGCUAAACCCAGCCGCAAACCGUUUCUUCCGUAUCAAGUCCAAUCUUCUAUUAUACCGCGAAAAUGGAUGGGACCCAGACCGGAUUCCCACUGAGGACCUCGGAAAGCACACCUUUUUAUACAAUCUCCGUUCCAACUACUCAGAGAUCUGGCCUACGGGCACACCCGGACCUUCUGAUGCGAAUAGGUCAGAUACCUUCAUUUUCGACGGCGACAGUAACCUCAUGCCAGCACUGCCGCGACCUGCAAGAGCUGAUCACCUGUCGCGACGGGACCUGCUCGAGUUCCUCCGGUAUGACAUCUACUCAGACGUCUGCGGUCGUUUCCCCUACUCGAGUCUCAACUACUCUUGGGUAACAGCGCGCAUUAUGACAUGUUUCAUGAUGUUCGAAGACGAGCUGAAAAAGCGCAACAACCCCUUGUACCAGGAUAUCUACGUUGUGAAUAGCGGGCGCCCUGAGAAGCGCGUCUUCCUCGCAGUGGCGGCCUUGUCUGAGACAAAUGAAGAGUGUCUGCAGGUUAUGGCUAAGAUUCUGGAGGAACAGAGAAUGGGAUGGAUGCAGCACAUUUACUGGGAAGACCUUGACUCGGACAUGGAGCGACCUUUCCAGCGCGCAAGUAAGUUUCGCGGUCAUCCAGUAGAGCAAGAUGCAUGUAGCAUUAUGUAA